GACAUUCUGAUGUAUAUCAUGGCACCGUGGCCCGAGAAAAAUCCUGCACAUCGGAACGAUCCCAUGUAUUUGCGACGUAUUGGUUGCAUCGUGCCGUGCCAUCAAAGUGCAGCCGAGAUUGCAGACACUGUGGCCUCCCUGCUGAUGUUUCUGGAGCCGGAGCACAUCAUUGUGGUGGACAACGGCAAUAGCGUGGAGCCUUUGGACGACACUCGCGAGGUGCUGAAGCAACUGAACCCGAGUGUGAAGUACGCCUGGCUUCCGAUCGGCCACAAAGCCAAUGCGCUUUGGAAGGGUCUUUCGCUGAUGCCCGACGAAGUCGAGUAUAUCAUGCACAUUGACGACGACACUGAGCUGCCUGAAAAUUGCAUCUUCGAUGAGUCAGUGUGGAAUGAUCCCAGAGUUCAUGGAGUGUCGUAUGGCAUACGAGUGCGUCCGCUGGGAAUUGUGCAGAGCCUCGUAGACUGGGAGUUCCGUCGAAUUUCGCAGUGCCGCCUCUUUGAGUCCACAUACUCCACCGUCUGGUUCCAGCAUGGCAUCAUCGGGAUCUGGCGGCGGAAAGCUUUCAAGGAGACCUUGCAGGAUCAUCCGUUUCUACCUUUUGGUGAAGACAACUGGAACGGCACUAUCAACUUGCUGAAGCAGCGGACGAUGGCGCAGGAGCUGCGGAGCUGCGUCAAGACCUAUGCGCCUGGGGCUUUCUUCCCCGGCAGAUACUCGCGCGAUCAGG